UUAACCAUCUAUUGGAAGCUCGGGGUUGCGCGCUCAGAGAGGGUCGGCACACGAGCGAAGUAAGAGAGCAAGCACUCUACAUGAUCAAAGACCGGGUGCAAAAACCUCUCGAAUCUAUCGCAGAGUAUCGAAAUCGGUUCUACCGAAUGUUUGUGAAAACUGAGCGAGUAAAGCUCACGUGGACGUGGCACGAGGAUCACCGCCAGUGGGCUGAGUACCUCGAGCUUCUUAUCAUCCAGGCGUGGCGAGCAGAAACCGAGGGCGAUCUGCUCAGAUUCCUCUUCGGAUUGGUGCGGCCCGAUCAUCGCCAACUGAUCGUGCACGAGUUAACGGUCCCCCUUGCGCAGCUGGCCGACGAUUUCCCACUUGAGAUCGUCUCGCAGAGCGACGACAACCUAGUCCCACGCUUUCUCACUUGGACCUUAGCGCCAUAUCUCCAGUGGUCGGCGUGCUUGGAGGAACCGGGAAGCGGCCGCUACCCACCGUCACGGCGUGGCUAUCUGGACCCGCACGAAAUAGUCGAUCUCGACUUCUUUCAGGAUCGAACGGCCUCCGAGAACGAGGAGGAAGAGAUAGAACCAGAAGAAGAAAGCUCGGAAGAAGAAGAAGCCGAAGAACAGGCUGACGAGGAAGAAACUCCCGAAGAGGGGAGUUACAGUGAGCACAGUGAGGGCGAGCAAAGUGAGGAGGAGGAAGAAGAACAACAAGGCGAAGAAGAAGAAGAAGAUCAGGAGGAGCUGGAAGAGUCGGAGUGGGAAGGAUUCGAAGAAGAAGUGCGUGACGAGGCUCAGGCGCAGGCCCAGGCGCAGAAGAGGGAAGAAAUCGCGGUCGCGAAGCGACAGUUGGAAUUCGCCAGCGCAGCCGGUCAGCCGCGCAUUGACGAUCCGGCCCGAGAUCCGGAGCCACCCAAGCCCGAGGAUGGAGAGACAACUGCCGUGACUUCGGCCGCACCAGCAAGACGGCGACGAAGCCGAUCCCCCUCCCCCUCCACCACCAACCGCCCACCAACUCAUCCACGUACCGAUGCGGGGUAUCGGGCUUCGUCCUCGGUCGUUAUCCCGCCGUCCCCUUGACCACCUCUCUUUCCGCCGGAUUGCCACUCGCGUCACCUUCCCCGACAAUCCCUUCCCCAUCGAUCCCUUCCGCUUUUUCUACACUACCCGCCUCGUAG